AUGUCAAGCAGUGUUGAACUGCAUGGCCGUCCAUCGGGGCGUGCCAACAACCGUGGUGGUGGUGGUGGUGGUGGUGGCCGAGGCCGCGGGCGAGGAAAUGCUGGUGGCUCGCAGCACGGCCGAUCUGCUGAGCCACAAGUCGCGUACGGACGCGAUCCAGCUGACGACAGUAUUCUACAAGGGCAGGGAAACAGUGGAAAAUUUCCUUCUUCGACAAAUCCUUCUGCUCAAAGGUCCCACCAUCAAAGCAGCGGUAAUAGCAGAGGGAAUCUUGGUCCUCGUCGUGGAAGAAUGACUACCUCCCAUAGCCGUCCUCACCUCCAGACCUCAGGAAAUCAAGCUGAUGACAAUGGAGAGAUGAAUGCUCAUUUAUCUGAGAAGCUCAUUGCAUCGAGUCGCCCUCGGGAUAAGGCGAGCACGUCUUAUAGCGGUGUUCCUCGAAAUCCACUGGUCGAGCAGUUCGAGCGUGCUCUCCCGUUCUCCACCGAUAGCAGUGCCUCUAGCGCUUGGAGGGCCUUUCCUGAUGUCCCUUCCACCGCCGAGCUUAUGACACCCGAAGUCGAUGUCCCUAUCAACGAUGUUGAAAUUCCUUGGAACUCUGUCGACGAAUAUCUUGGCGCUCAUUACGAGCUUCUUCGUGAGGAUUCUUUCUCACCCCUUCGUGAAGCUGUUGGCCGCUUCCGUAAGGAACCUUCAAUGGGUGAUGAGUACCAAAUCUGCAUCUACGAAAACUGCAGGAUUGUCGGAGUUACUUUUGCGAACUCCUCUGGCAUCUGCAUCAAAAUGAGUUUCUCAACAAACCGAGCUCACAAGAGAAUCUGCUGGGAGAAUUCAAAACGUCUGUGCCCUGGAACUUUGGUGGCGCUUACGACGGAUAACUUCGAGAAAGUUGCUCGGGUUGCAACCGUUGCAGCGAGACCGAUGUCCGGCUUGGAGGGUGCUUUACCCUAUGGUACUGUCGUUGAUCUUCUUUUGCAUCCAGAUGAAUUAGAGCUCGACCCAACGAAAACUUGGAUCAUGGUGGAGUCUCGUAGCGGCUAUUUUGAGGCUUUCAAGCACACCCUUCGAGCCCUACAACGAAUGGACACUAAUUUCCCACUCAACAAAAUCCUCACUCUCCAGGACACCACAGUCGGAGUACCCCAGUUCUUGAAAGAAAAGCCGGAAGUUAACUUGGCACCUUGUUUCAGCGAUCACGACAGUGGUGCCCUCCAGGAUGUCAACAUCCUACAGAACUUCCCGUCGAAGAACAGAGUCACAACUAGUAUGGAUGAGUUUCAGCUAGAGGCAGUUGAGAGAAUUCUUACCAAGGAGCUCGCCAUCGUCCAAGGCCCUCCAGGUUGCGGCAAGACCUUUGUGAGCACAAAGUCAUUAGCCGCUAUGAUCGCCAAUAGUAAAGGCAAAGACCCUCCCAUCAUUGUCGCUUGCCAGACCAAUCACGCUCUAGACCAACUCCUCCGCUACGUCAUCGAAUUUGAGCCCCGCGUGAUUAGAUUAGGUGGCCGAACCCAGGAUACAGGGCCGAUCCGCGAGCGCACUCUCUUUAAUAUUCGCAAAGAAUUAGGAAACAUCAUCGUUCAAGGCUCUAGCAUCCACAGGUGUCGUGCCAAAUUCAGGAGCCUCGAGCGAAAAGCCCGCGAGCUCAUUGAGCGCUUGAGUGAACGAAGUCUCACCCCUGAUAAUCUGCUCCGAUACGGUAUUAUCACACAAAAUCAACGAGAUACGUUCCACAAAUUUACCGACCAGUGGGUUAAGCUCUCAACUGGUAACAAGGAGAGCGCUAUUUCUCCGAUGGUUGCAUGGAUAGGUGAUGCUCUCAUACCAAUUCCUCGGCGUGAAGAUAUCCACCUUGAAUUCGAAGAUGAGGAUAUUGGAGUUGAGGAGCUCAAAGAUCUAGAGGCCGAAUUUGAUGACGAAUGGGAUGGAGAGUUACGGGGAGUUUUCGUGGACUUUAUACGGAAAACACGAGUCUUAACUAGACCUGGCGUCACCGACGAAAUCGUUCAGCACUGGAUCAAGAAGGAUAAUCUUUGGGAUAUACCAGAGCCGUUGAGAGGUGAUGUUUAUACACGACUGGAGAGGCUCUAUAUUUCCGCCAUUGAGAUGGAAAUGCGCAAAAUCAACCAGGAAUACGCCCUGAACGUUGCUGAGUACAAGAUUGCCAGAUGGGAGGGGGACGCCCAUAUUCUCCAACGAGCUAGGGUCAUUGGUUUGACAACGACUGGUAUCAGCAAAUAUCGCAGUCUAGUUGCCGCUCUUCAACCAAAGAUUUGUUUGAUAGAAGAAGCUGCUGAAACUCUCGAAGGCCCACUUAUAGUGGCCUGCUACCCCAGCAUCCAGCAGCUUGUUCUAGUGGGUGACCACAAACAGCUCAAAGGUCAUUGUAAUGUUUCUGAACUCGAGAAACCACCAUACAAUCUUUCUAUCUCCAUGUUUGAAAGACUGGUCAACAACAACGUAGAAUACACCAUGUUGAAGAAGCAACGUCGUAUGCGUCCGGAGAUCCGGCGGAUUUUAAUGCCAAUUUAUCCUGACCUUGACGACGACCUUCAAGUUCUCAAUAUGAAACCUAUUCAGGGUAUGGGUAAUACCAAUCUCUUCUUCUUUGCUCAUGAAGUGCCAGAAGAGCAGGAUGAGCUCUCAAAGAAGAACUCGCAUGAGGCCCAGAUGAUUGUUGGGUUUUGCAACUAUCUUGUGGAAAAUGGAAUAAUGCAAAAGGAAAUAACAAUCUUGACAUUCUAUAACGGGCAAGCGAGAGAGCUCCGUAGACUGCUUUUCCGAAGUGACAGAUUGAACAAGGAGGCUAAAGACCGUAUCCGGGUCGCAACAGUCGACAGCUUUCAGGGUGAGGAGAAUGAGGUGGUCAUUUUGUCACUUUGUAGGAGCAAUGCCCAGGGGACCAUUGGAUUUCUUAAUGUCCCCAAUCGUGUUUGUGUUUCGCUUUCGCGAGCGAAACGGGGUUUUUACAUGUUUGGUAAUGCGAACAUGCUUUCGCAGGCUAGUGGACUAUGGUGGGAUAUCUUACAGAUCACCAAUGAGCGAACGCCACCUGCUAUUGGUACUAAGCUUCCCAUAACCUGCCAGAGGCACAAGUCUGUGACAUAUAUGCAAUAUGUUUCCGACUGGCACGAAAUCAAUGGUGGUUGUAAGUCUCCUUGUGGCGAGUACUUAGCCUGUGGACACAGAUGCACUCUGACGUGCCAUCCAUAUGACCACGAUAGCGUUAAAUGCGCCGAUCAAUGCCGCAGGUCACUCUCGUGCGGUCACCCUUGUCAGAAGGAAUGCUUUGAGACAUGUAGCAGUAAAUGCAUUAUUUGCAACCCGCCUAGCCAAACCCAAUACUCGACAUACAACCUGAACAGCCAUAUGGAUAGACUUGCUGAUCGCCUUGCUGGUGUUCAAACGACGAAUAGCAACCAGCCAGUUCGCGGGCCGCCUCCGACUAAUUACCAAAAUCAAACUGUUAACAAACCUGUGGAAAGGCUCCCUGAACAGUUCCCAGCUUUACGGAGCGCUACUAGUAGCCAAACAGCCCAGAGAGCCCCGGACCUUUAUCAAAACGCACCAUUUAACAGGCCGGCGGAAAGGCUCUCUGAGCAGCCCCCAGCUUUACGGAGCGCGACUAGUAGCCAAACGGCCCAGGGACCCCCGGGACCCCCGGGCCUUUAUCAAAACGCACCAUUUAACAGGCCGGCGGAAAGGCUCUCUGAACCGUUCCCAAAUAUUCAGACUGCAAAGAGCAGCCAAACGGUUCGCGGGCCACCUCCGUCUCAUUAUAGUUCUAUUCCUAACAAACCGAUGGAAAGGCUCUCUGAACCUCCCCCAGUUAUUCAGGCCGCACCUGCACAUCAAGUGGCCCGCAAACCACCAACCAACUACCAAACCCGCAAUUCUAGCAAACAUAUAGAAAAGAUUUCCGAACGUCUUGCAGAAGUCAAGACGACUGAUAUGAUUCCGACAAUGCUAAAUCCAACUUCGCCACGUAAGAAGAGCACAGCUUCAGAAACUCCAGUGCGAGCUCCGGAGAGAACUGCGCCUUUGAUUUCAUGGGAUAAUACCCCAUCGCAAACGACAAAUUCAACACCAAGCAUUCCCCUCGUCAGCUGGGGUGCUAGCGUUAUGCAACUUACCACUCCAAAACCUCAAAAGGAAGUUCUCCCAAGUUCGAUGAUUGCUUCACACACCAUCCCAGAUCAACGAACAACCAAGGAAAGUGAGCCAGAAACAUCUUUACUCGAUUUCGAUCCCGAGGUCAUACACUCUCCUACUCUUAGUACAAGCAAGGGCACACCAUCAGUUACCCUUGAUGAUAGGACUAUGCAAGUAAUUGUUAAUCAAGAUCAGGAGCAAACAGACGUCGAGCUUCCAGCCUCUGUCGACACCAAAGCUUCAGUUGCUUCAGCCGAGAAAAUUGAACUUGAAAAGGUUUCUAGAUCCGCUGUUCAUCGCCACGAGUCCACCGAAGAUUGGAAUCUGGAGACAUUAAAGGAAUUCGUUCAGAAACAGUCUAUGGAGAAGCUCAGUUUGGUCAAAGGGAACGUCACAAAAAAAGCAGAAAAACAAGAUUCAAGUAAUAAAGCGAAUGAACUGGUAUCUUCUACUGCGGGGGAUUUAGCUUUAAUCAACUUCGACGAUGAGCCGGCUAUGAAGACAUUAGCGAGUGGCGGGGGUGGGGUGGUUCCUUUUAUUGAUAUGAAUAAAGUCCUCGUGCCAAUUGAGAAACAAGCUUAUGUUACAACCAUUAAAAAAAAGGAAGAUUUUAACGACGACAAGAAGAAAGCUUUCAAUGACGAGAAGACAAAAGAGAACGUUAUUUCUGAGAAGAAGGAGAGUUUUCUAGAACUUGACUUGUUGGGGGAUUUACUGUAA